CUCAGCUAGUUUGAAAGGUAGUUGUUACAUUUCUAUUCUUUUGGUGUUUACCUUCAGUUUUUUAAUUGGAGUAUAAUUUACCUUCAGUAAAAUUCAUAUUUUUUGGUGUAUAGUUCUGAGUUUUGAUAAACAGAUAACAGUCAUGUAACCACCAACCACCACUAUCGUCAUGUUAUAGAACAAUUCCAUCACCCCAAAAAUUUUCUUUUGCCCCUUGUAGUCAACCUCUUUCCACAUUUCCAGCCUUUGGCAACCACUGAACUGUUUUCUGUUUGUAUAGUGUUGCAUUUUUCCAGAAUGUCAUAUAAAUGGAAUUAUUCCUUUACUUACCAUACUGAAUUUGACAUUCAUGCGUAUUAUUCCUUGUGUCCAUAAUUUAUUUUUAUUAUUAAAUAGUAUUCCAUUGUAUGGAUAUUAUCACAGUUUGUUUAUCCGUUGACCAAAUGAAGGACAUGUGGGUGGGGUUUUUUUUUUUGAGACAGAGUCUCAGUCUGUCACUCAGGCUGGAGUGCAGUAGUGCAAACACGGCUCACUGCAGCCUCAACCUCCUGGGCUCAAGUGAUCCUCCUACCUCUGCCUCCUGGGUAGCUAGGACUACAGGCAUGUGCCACCACACUCAGUUUUUUAAUUUUUUGUAACAGAUAGAGAGAUAGAGAUGUUGCCCAGGCUGGUUUUGAACUCCUGGCCUCAAGUGACCCUCCCACCUCAGUUUCCCCAAGUGCUGGGAUUACAGGUGUGUGCCACCACACCUGGCCACAUACAGGAUUUUAAUGGAUGUCAAAAUUAUUUACUCUCUUGAGUAAAUACCUUGCAGUUGCAUUGCUGGGUUGUAUGGUAAGUGUAUGUUUUGAUUUCUAAGAAAAUGCUAAACUGUUUUCCUUUCGUUUUGUUUUGAAACAGGGUCUUGCUCUGUCGCCCAAGCUGGAGAGCAGAGGCAUGAUCACAUCUCACUGCAGCCUUGUCCUCCUAGGCUCAGGGCUAUUUCUGAGCAGUGGAAGUUUCAAGUAAUCCACUAACAACCAGUUCCAAAUUCUGUCAUCAAAUCCUGUGCUGCUAUUCCUCGUGGUAAUAGAUGCAUAUUAUUUCUUUUAUUUAAAAGAAAUGAAUGUGACUAGUAUUGCAUUAAGAGCUGAAACUUGGCUUUUAGCUACAUGGCAUGUUAAAGUACCUCCGAUGUGGCUGGAAGCUUGUGUUAACUGGAUUCAAGAAGAAAAUAAUAAUAUUAACUUGAGUCAGGCCCAAAUGAAUAAACAAGUGUUUGAGCAGUGGCUCCUUACUGAUCUGAGGGAUUUGGAGCAUCCUCUUUUACCCGAUGGCAUUUUAGAAAUUCCAAAAGGAGAAUUAAAUGGAUUUUAUGCUCUGCAGAUUAAUUCCUUGGUUGAUGUAAGUCAGCCUGCAUACUCCCAGAUACAGAAGUUGAGAGGAAAGAAUACAACAAAUGAUCUAGUUACAGCUGAAGCACAAGUAACCCCAAAACCUUGGGAAGCAAAGCCUUCACGAAUGUUGAUGCUGCAGCUAACUGAUGGAAUCGUACAAAUACAGGGAAUGGAAUAUCAGCCUAUUCCAAUUCUUCAUAGUGAUCUUCCUCCAGGUACAAAAAUUUUGAUUUAUGGAAAUAUAUCUUUCCGUCUUGGUGUUCUCUUAUUGAAACCAGAAAAUGUGAAAGUGUUAGGAGGUGAAGUAGAUGCUCUUUUAGAAGAAUAUGCCCAAGAAAAAGUACUUGCAAGAUUAAUAGGGGAACCUGAUCUUGUAGUUUCAGUCAUACCAAACAAUUCUAACGAAAACAUUCCCAGAGUUACAGAUGUUCUAGAUCCUGCAUUAGGUCCUUCUGAUGAAGAACUCUUGGCAAGUCUUGAUGAAAAUGAUGAGCUUACAGCAAAUAAUGACACUUCCUCAGAAAGAUGUUUCACCACAGGUAGUUCCUCAAAUACCAUUCCCACAAGACAGUCAAGUUUUGAGCCAGAAUUUGUUAUUUCUCCAAGACCAAAAGAGGAACCAUCAAACCUAUCUAUGCAUGUAAUGGAUGGAGAAUUAGAUGACUUUUCACUGGAGGAGGCCUUGCUUUUAGAAGAAACUGUCCAGAAAGAACAGAUGGAAACUAAGGAAUUGCAACCAUUGACUUUUAACAGAAAUGCCGAUCGAAGUAUAGAGAGAUUUUCACAUAAUCCUAAUACUACGAAUAACUUUUCUUUGACUUGCAAAAAUGGAAACAAUAAUUGGAGUGAAAAAAAUGUAUCUGAACAAAUGACUAAUGAAGACAAAUCAUUUGGUUGUCCAUCUGUUAGAGACCAAAACAGGAGUAUUUUUUCAGUUCAUUGUAAUGUACCCUUAGCCCAUGAUUUUACAAAUAAAGAAAAGAACUUAGAGACAGAUAAUAAAAUAAAACAAACCAGCAGUUCAGAUGGACAUUCCUUAAAUAAUAAAAUAUUAAAUAGAGAGGUGGUCAACUAUGUACAGAAAAGGAGUUCACAAAUUUCUAAUGAAAAUGAUCGUAAUUUACAGAGUUGUUCUUUAAGAUCAUCAGAGAAUAGCAUUAAUCUUUCUAUUGCCAUGGAUUUGUAUUCUCCACCCUUUGUCUAUUUGUCUGUUCUAAUGGCCAGCAAACCAAAGGAAGUUACAACAGUGAAAGUGAAAGCAUUUAUUGUAACCUUAACUGGAAAUCUCUCAAGUUCUGGUGGCAUUUGGAGUAUAACUGCAAAGGUGUCUGAUGGUACUGCAUAUCUAGAUGUAGACUUUGUGGAUGAAAUACUUACUAGCUUGAUAGGGUUCUCAGUACCAGAAAUGAAACAGUCAAAAAAGGAUCCUCUUCAAUACCAAAAGUUCCUGGAAGGGUUGCAGAAAUGUCAAAGAGAUCUAAUAGAUUUGUGCUGUCUAAUGACUAUUUCAUUUAAUCCUUCCUUGUCUAAAGCAAUGGUACUGGCAUUACAAGAUGUUAAUAUGGAACACCUUGAGAAUCUAAAGAAGCGGUUAAAUAAAUAAUUAAACAAAUAGUAUUAGGAACAAUUAAAAACAACAAGGAAAUAUUUAGAAUUUGUUCACAAUUUUACUUAUGAUACUUUGUGUAAAAGGAAAAAUGAAAUUUCAUAGCUUAUUUCAGUUUAAUUUUAAAGUGUUAAUCAUGUUUGUUAUAUGGAGAUUUUGAAAAUAAGUUAAUCUUUUUUUUUUUUUUAAGUCAGGGUGUUGCUCUGUUGCCCAGGCUAGAGUGCAGUGGCAUGAUCAUAGGUUAUUGCAUCAACCUCUUGAGCUCAAGCGAUCCUCCUGCCUUAGCCUCUUGAGUUGCUGGGACUAUAGGCAUGUACCACCAUGCCCAGCUAAUUUAUUGUUACUAUUAUUAUUUUGUAGGUACAGAGUUUUGCUAUGUUGCCCAGAUUGGUCUCAAACUCCUGGCCUCUCACUCCUGCCGUCAUGGCCUCCAAAGUUUAAUUUUUUUAAAAGUAACUGUUAGAUGGAGGAAUAUGGUGACCCACUAUUGUUGAGAAAUUUGUUUUCCACUUGUCACGUCACAUAAGAUGAUUGCUAAAAUAUUGUACUGGUGUUCAGUGGUGAGUCAUAUUUUUGAAAGUUAAUAGUUAUAAAUAGGUAAUUUCCUUCUAAUAUGUUGGUACUGUCUAUGGCCAUACCACCCUGAACAUGCCUGAGCUUGUCAUAAUAUGUUGAGUACCCAAAAGAUUUGUUUAUAUUGUUAAUCUUAGGGGAAAAAAAAUUAAAAUCCAGUAGAUUGGAACAUCAGGCUUUCAGAUGCAAAUUGAUUUACUGGUUUUUAUUUUGCUGAUUAUAAUAUUUGGUAUAUUUAAGGUAAUCUAGUUAACUAGAUGCUAUUUCAUAGAUUAUAUUGAAUGAUUUAAAACUUUAUUUUCAAGGAUAGUUUAUUUUAAAUGGCAUAUUGAAAACAUCAUUAUUAAGAUCCAGUAGGUAGGACAUUUAUUGGAUUAAAAUGAAGCAUUUAUCUAUGUCUUUAGGUGUCAUUGUUCCCUUUCUGAAUUAGCUGUACAUAUAAGCCUUCCUUUGGUUUUAAGUACUGAUUUUUUUUUUAAAAAAAGAGGGACUGUUUACCAUUCUUCCACUGUGCUGUUAUAAAGUUGUAUUUGAAAGGUAAUGUUGUUUUUAUUAAUCUUUUGUCUUAAAAUAAUUUAAAGUGCUUUGAAUUUUAAAACAUUAAACAAAUCCUUAAAUAAAAAAA